AUGGUGAAACAAGAACCAUUUAUUGACACGGAUCUUGCUCGCAGAGUCGUAGGAGUACGAUUUUCUACUGGAGAUCCAGAAACAAUUAGAAAAAUUGCUCAUAUUCCUGUAUUUAAUAACAAAUUAUACGACGAUUCUGCUGGUAAAUGGUCACCAGCUCAAUAUGGUCCAUUAGAUUCAAGAUUAGGAACAUUUCAAAAGUCAAUAAACUGUGAAACAUGUAAAAAAAAUAUGACAGAUUGUGUUGGACAUUAUGGAUUUAUAGAUUUAGAACUUCCUGUAUUUCAUGUUGGAUUUUUUCGUUUAACAAUUCAAAUGCUUCAAUGUCUUUGUAAAAAUUGUUCUAACUUUUUAGUUACAGGAGAAAAAAAAGAUAAUUUUUUUAGACAAGUUAAAAAUCCAAAUUUAGAUUAUUUAAAAAGGAAAGGAUUACAUAAAAAAAUUGUUGAAACAUGUAAAAAAAUAUCACUUUGUCCAUAUUGUGGAUAUAAAAAUGGUGUUGUUAAAAAAGCUGUUGGUGCUGUACUUAAAAUUGCUCAUUGUGAUCCAAUUGAUAUAAAUAAAGAUGAUCAAUUUGCUGUUUGUAUAAGUGAAAAUAAAGAUUUAAUUACAACAUUACCAACUAUUAAAUUUGCUCUUCUUGAUCCAAUGCAAGUACAUAAUAUUCUAUCAAAAGUAAAAGUUCAAGAUUAUCCUUUACUUCUUAUACGUGCUGGAAAUAAUAUUCAUACACCAAAAGAUGUUAUUGUAACUAGAAUAAUUGUUCCUCCUGUUUGUAUUCGUCCAUCUGUAAUUAGUGAUAUAAAAAGUGGAUCAACUGAAGAUGAUUUAACUAUGAAAUUGACAGAAAUUAUGCUUAUAAAUGAUGUUAUUAAAAAACAUGUAUGUGAUGGUGCACCAAUGAAAUUAAUAAGUGAAACAUGGGAUCAUUUACAGGUUCAAUGUGCUUUAUAUAUAAAUUCUGAAUUAUCUGGUUUACCAGCAGAAAUGCAACCAAAAAAAGUAACACGUGGCUUUACACAACGUCUAAAAGGUAAACAUGGUAGAUUUAGAGGAAAUUUAUCUGGUAAACGUGUUGAUUUUUCUGGAAGAACUGUUAUAUCUCCAGAUCCUAAUUUAAAAAUUGAUCAAGUUGGUGUACCUAUACAUGUUGCAAAAAUUCUUACCUUUCCUGAAGUAGUUACUACUGCAAAUAUUGAAAAAAUGAGACAACUUGUUAGAAAUGGUGAAUCAAAACAUCCUGGAGCUAAUCAUCUUGUUGAAGGAAAAACUGGUAUGAAAAAAUUUUUAAAAUAUGGUGAUCGCGAAAAAAUUGCUAUGAAUCUUAGACCUGGUGAUAUUAUAGAACGUCAUUUAGAUGAUGAUGAUGUUGUUUUAUUUAACCGUCAACCAUCUCUUCAUAAAAUUUCUAUAAUGUCUCAUAGAGCAAAGGUUGUUCCAGGAAGAACUUUUCGUUUUAAUGAAUGUGCAUGUACACCAUACAAUGCUGAUUUUGAUGGUGAUGAAAUGAAUUUACAUUUACCUCAAACUUAUGAAGCAAAAGCUGAAGCAUCAACAUUAAUGGGAGUUAAAUAUAAUUUAAUUACACCAAGAUCUGGUGAACCUUUAAUUGCGGCUAUUCAAGAUUUUAUUACUGGUGCAUAUCUUUUAACACAUAAAGAUACAUUUCUACCAAGAUGUGAGGUUCAAAGAUUUGCUGCAGCUUUAAUAGAUAUAACAUCAUUUAAAAAAUAUAAUGGUAAAAAAGGAACUAAAAGAAUUAUUAUUCCACCACCAGCUAUUUGUAAACCAGUUGAAUUAUGGAGUGGAAAACAAUUAAUUGAACUUAUAAUAAAAGACGAUGAAAUUGAUGUCAAAUUAAAUCUUCGAACGAAAAAUAAAAGUUAUGUAAAAGAUGAAGAAUUUUGUCCUAAAGAUUCUUUUGUUGUUAUAAGAAAUAGUCAACUUUUAUGUGGUGUUUUAGAUAAAAGCUUAGUUGGAUCUGGAUCUAAAUGUAAUAUAUUUUAUAUUUUAAUGAGAGAUUUUGGUGAAGAUGUUGCUAUUAAUGCUAUGUGGAAAUUAGCAAGAAUGGCACCUGUAUUUUUGUCAAAUCGUGGAUUUUCAAUUGGUAUUGGUGAUGUUACUCCAUCAAAACAACUUCUUGAUGAUAAAUCUAAAUUAUUAGAUGAAGGAUAUAGUAAAUGUGAUAGUUAUAUUAGAGAUUUAAAAGAAAAUAAAUUAAAAGCGCAACCUGGAUGUACAACUUUUGAAACAUUAGAAGCAUUAAUUCUUAAAGAAUUAUCAUCUAUUCGUGAUCAUGCUGGUCAGGCAUGUUUAAGAAAUUUAUCUAAACAUAAUGCUCCACUUACUAUGGCUAUAUCUGGAUCAAAAGGUUCAUUUAUUAAUAUAUCACAAAUGAUUGCUUGUGUAGGUCAACAAGCUAUAUCAGGUAAUCGUCCACCUGAUGGUUUUGAGAAUCGUUCAUUACCUCAUUUUGAAAGAAAUCAAAAAACUCCUGAUGCUAAAGGUUUUGUUGGUAAUAGUUUUUAUUCAGGAUUAACACCAACAGAAUUUUUCUUCCAUACUAUGGCUGGUAGAGAAGGUCUUGUUGAUACAGCUGUAAAAACUGCUGAAACUGGAUAUAUGCAAAGACGUUUAGUUAAAUGUUUAGAAGAUUUAUGUGCUGCAUAUGAUGAUACAGUACGAUCAUCAACUGGUGAUAUUGUUCAAUUUAAAUUUGGUGAAGAUUUGUUAGAUCCAUCAAUGAUGGAAAGUAAAGAUGGAAGUAUGGUUGAUUAUGAACAUUGCCUUGACCAUAUUAAAAAUACAACACCAUUAACAAAUAAUCCAUUACAAUAUGAAUCAUAUGAUGAUGUUUUAAAUGUUUUUAUUAAUGAGGCUAAUAAUACUAUUAAGAGAUCUGAACAUCAAUAUUUUAAAAAAAAAUUUAUAGAAUUUAUUGAAAAUAAAUUAUCUAAAAGAAAGUAUCUUUAUGAUAUGCCAUGGAAUUGUAAUAAACAUAAAUCAUCUAAAAAUAAUAUUGACUGUGAAGAUUGUAAAGUUUGUACAUUUAAAAAAAUUAAUCAAUUACGAGCAUAUGGAAUGUCUAAACAAGAAUGUAUAAAUAUGGUUCGAUUAUGUUCAAUGAAACUUCAUCGUGCAAUAACUGAACCUGGAACAGCAGUUGGAGCUAUUGCUGCAACUUCAAUUGGUGAACCAUCUACACAAAUGACAUUAAAAACUUUCCAUUUUGCUGGUGUUGCUUCUAUGAAUAUCACUCAAGGAGUUCCUAGAAUUAAAGAAAUUAUUAAUGCUGUUAAAUUAAUUUCAACACCUAUUAUAACAGCAACAUUAAUUAAUGAUAAAGAUGAAAAAUUAGCUAGAAGAGUUAAAUCAAGAAUUGAGAAAACUACUUUAGGUGAGGUAUCUGCAUAUAUCGAAGAAUUUAUAACAAAUGAUAAUUGUUUUAUUAUUAUUAAAUUAAUGGUUAGUCGUAUACGAUUAUUACAACUUGAAGUAACAAUGGAUUCAAUUAUUUCAUCUAUAUGCUCAGCAAAAUUACCGGUUUCAGUUAAGAUUAAUAAUAUUCGUGUUUUGGGAAAAUCUAUACUUAUGAUUGAAGCACCUGAAUCAAAAAAUAUUUCACCAAGUUUAGCUGUUCAAUACUUAAAAAAUAAUUUAAAAAAUGUUGUUAUUAAAGGUUUAACAAACGUUUCUCGUUGUGUUAUUCAUGCUGAUGAAAAAAAAGGUGAUUCAUAUAAGCUACUUGUAGAAGGAACCGAUUUUAGGGAUGUUCUUGCAACUCCUGAAAUAGAUGGCCGUUAUACAAAUUUUAAUAAUGCAUUAUUUGUAGCUGAUGUCUUAGGAAUCGAAGCAGCUCGAACAUGUAUUAUUAAUGAAAUUUUAUCAACUAUGGAAAGUCAUGGUAUUGGAUUAGAUAGAAGACAUGUUAUGUUAUUAGCUGAUCUUAUGACAUAUAGAGGAGAGGUUCUUGGUAUUACACGUAAUGGUUUAGUUAAAAUGAAAGAAUCAGUUUUACUUUUGGCAUCUUUUGAAAAAACAACAGAUCAUUUAUUUGAAGCAGCAUUUUUUGGACAAGAAGAUAAAAUUAAUGGAGUUUCUGAAUGUAUUAUUAUGGGAACUCCUAUAACAAUUGGAACAGGUUUAUUUAAACUUUUAUUUAAAAGAGACAAGCUAAAUCCUGCAUACUUACAAUCAACUACACCAUUUAUGGAGAAAAUUUGA